CCCAGCGUGCAGCCCGCGACCGUCAGGGCCGGUUGGUCGGCGACCUGCCCAGUCGACCUCUCGUCGGGCCUAGUGAGCCCCGAGGUAGACAGGAGCAGGCGGUACCCCAAAGAUAUCUCUACCCAAGCUUAGAGCUGGGCCUUGAGCCAAUCCGCCCUGAGGACACUAGAACUGGACGCUCGGGACGGUCGCUACACGGUGAUGGGGAUUCUUAAGUGCCGCGCCUGGACUGCAGGGAGCAGCAAAUUCGAUAAGUCACAGGCAGAAGACUGUUCUUUGAAAAUAUGUAUUGGGGAGAUAGUCACAUCCUAUUGAAUACCUCGUGCUGGUGCUGCCAUCGAAAAAUCUGGUUACACUCUGGGGAGGCCUGCAGGACCGAACCGCCUCGGCCCUGAAAUGCAUAGCCAGCCUGAGCAGGCCCACCAUGAAUAGAUACACGAUGAUCAAGCAGCUCGGGGAUGGGACCUAUGGUUCUGUCCUGCUAGGAAGAAGCAUUGAAUCUGGGGAACUGAUUGCUAUUAAAAAAAUGAAAAGAAAGUUUUAUUCCUGGGAGGAAUGCAUGAACCUUCGUGAGGUUAAGUCGUUAAAGAAGCUCAACCAUGCCAAUGUAGUAAAAUUAAAAGAAGUUAUCAGGGAAAAUGAUCAUCUUUAUUUUAUCUUCGAGUAUAUGAAGGAAAAUCUUUACCAGCUCAUUAAAGAAAGAAAUAAGUUGUUUCCAGAGUCUGCUAUAAGGAACAUCAUGUAUCAGAUAUUGCAAGGACUCGCUUUUAUUCACAAACAUGGCUUCUUCCAUCGGGACUUGAAGCCAGAGAAUCUCCUCUGCAUGGGACCAGAACUGGUGAAAAUUGCAGACUUUGGAUUGGCCCGAGAAAUCCGAUCAAGACCUCCCUACACAGACUAUGUGUCUACCAGAUGGUAUAGGGCUCCAGAAGUCCUCCUGAGGUCCACCAACUACAGCUCCCCCAUUGACGUCUGGGCCGUGGGCUGCAUCAUGGCAGAGGUGUACACACUCAGGCCGCUCUUCCCUGGGGCCAGUGAAAUUGACAUGAUAUUCAAAAUUUGCCAAGUGUUGGGGACACCAAAAAAGACUGACUGGCCCGAGGGCUACCAACUUUCCAGUGCUAUGAACUUCCACUGGCCCCAGUGCAUACCCAAUAAUUUAAAGACUCUGAUUCCAAAUGCCAGCAGCGAAGCAAUUCAGCUCCUGAGAGACCUGCUUCAGUGGGAUCCUAAGAAACGACCAACAGCUAGUCAGGCACUUCGAUAUCCCUACUUCCAGACCGGACACCAGCUGGGCAUCACCACACAGAACCUGCAGGACUCAGAAAAGCCACAGAAGGAUGUCCUGGAAAAGGCAGGCCUGCCUCCACACAUCAAGCCAGUCCCCCCUGCCCAGCCCCCAGCCAAGCCGCACAUGCGAAUUUCUUCCCGGCACCAUCACGCCAGCCAGCCCCCUCAGCAUCUCCUGUACCCCUAUAAAGCAGAGACCUCGAGGACAGAUCAGCAGAGCCAUACUCAGGAGGACAAGCCAAGCCCACUGCUUUUCCCGUCCCUCCACAACAAGAAUCCUCAGCCGAAAAUCCUAGCUGGCCUGGAGCACAAAAGUGGUGAUAUCAAGCCAAAGAGCAGGAGAAGGUGGGGCCUUAUUUCCAGGUCCACAAAGGAUUCUGAUGAUUGGGCCGACAUGGACGAUCUGGAUUUCAGUCCACCCCUCGCCAGGAUUGACCUGAAAAACAAGAAGAGGCAGAGUGACGACACUCUCUGCAGAUUUGAGAGCGUUUUGGACCUGAAGCCCUCUGAGCCUGUGGGAACCGGAAACAGUGCCCCCACGCAGACCUCCUAUCAGCGGCAGGACACGCCCACCCUGAGGCCUGCUACCAAGCAGCACUACCUGAAGCACUCCCGAUACUUGCCUGGAAUAAAUAUAAGAAAUGGCAUGCUCCCACAUCCAGGAAAGGACUUCCUUCCGUCUAAUCCAUGGUCCAGUUCUGGCUUGUCUGGAAAGUCUUCGGGGACAGUAUCAGUAAUCAGCAAAAUAAAUUCAGUUGGUUCCAGCUCUACAAGUUCUAGUGGACUGACUGGAAAUUAUAUCCCUUCCUUUCUGAAAAAAGAAAUUGGUUCUGCUAUGCCAAGGGUACACCUGGCACCUAUUCCAGACCCUUCCCCUGGCUACUCUUCCCUGAAGGCUGUGAGACCCCAUCCCGGGCGACCUUUCUUCCACACUCAGCCGAGAAGCACUCCUGGCUUGAAGCCGCGGCCUCCAGCCUCCCAGCCAGUGCAUGGCCGGACAGACUGGGCUUCCAAAUACCCAUCUCGACGAUGACUAUCUCAGCAACAAGACUGUUUCGUAGGGGAGAGGACACUGCCCCUCAGCUUACUGAUGUUUGGCCCAUAAGAAAUGGGUGGAUCAUGUAUAAGCAAACCAACGCUUUAUAGUUACUCUUCUGAGCUAGGACAUUUCAAUAUUCUUUUUUUAAAGUUUUUUUUUAAACAUUCAUUUGAAUGCA